AUGGGCUACUUACUCCUCGUUGGGCUGCCUGCCCUUGGAAUUUACGCACUGACGUCUCACUGCCUGAGAAAGAAGCCAUAUCUGCUCCACAAACCUCACAGGUUUCCUGUCCAAUGCCGACACGUCUCCCAUCGGGGUGGCUGUGGAGAACGGAUUGAGAACACCAUGGGAGCCUUUAGACACGCGCUGAGCCAGGGCACAAACCUGCUGGAAAUUGACUGCCAUAUAACGAAAGACGGGAUUGUGGUUGUGUCCCAUGAUGAAAAUCUGGAACGCCAGACAGGACACAACAUUGAGAUCAGUGAGACGGACUUUGCGGAUCUGCCACCCUAUAAGGAUUCCCUGGAGGUGAGCUUUUCCCCAGGCUGCUAUUCACAUGGCAAAGACCACCGGAUUCCAAGCUUGGAGGAGGUCUUCCAAAGUUUCCCUGGAAUGCCUAUCAACAUUGAAAUUAAACCAGAUAAUGACGAACUCAUAAGAAAGGUAGCUGAUCUCGUCCGACAGUACAAUCGCUCCAACAUCACCAUCUGGGCCUCCUUUGAAGGGAGUGUACUGAAGAAAUGCUGUGCAGCUAACACGGAUAUGCCCUAUAUCUUCACUGUGAAGCGUGGCAUCAAAGUCCUUCUCCUCUACUACGUGGGGCUCCUGCCUUUCUUGCCACUGCCAGAAACCUUCCUUGAGUUUGCGUUGCCCUCCAUCAUGAACAGGACCUAUUUUCCAGUGAAAAAGGGCUUUUGGGGAGCAAUGCUGGCAAAAAUAACCCACAAGUUGGUAAUGAAGAAAAAACUUUUCAAGCAUCUGGAAGACAGAGGAAUUCAGGUUCUCCUUUGGGUCUUAAAUGAGAAUAAGGAAUUCGAGGAAGCCUUUAGCUAUGGAGUCACUGGAGUCAUGACUGAUUAUCCCACCCUCCUCCGAAAGUAUCUAGACCUUCAUCCACCCCUUUGCAACAAGUGAUCUAGAAUGUGGGGGGAAGAGAAAAGAAGAGAACUCCUAGACUCCUGACUGAGAAAAUCAGGGAGAAGUGUGGCAUUAGAAGGAAAGGAACGGAAUCCUGAGUUAUGUUUUUUAUGGGGGAAAGAUGUGUAUAAAACUAUGGAACAAAUAAAUAUUAUUAUUA